AGCCGGACAAAUUGAGCUUCUCUUUUUAACCUGUGCAGCGUGCUUCCCUCUGCGUUACCGUGACUGGCCAUCCCUACACCACUCAGGUCAACUGGCAAGUGGUUUCAUUGCUCAGAGGUCUUUUCGCAUUAAAUACAAGAGACGGACGAGAGCGUUUUAUCGGAGCACAUCCGCACGCACGUAUUUCCUGUUUGCCAAACAAAACACAUGUCGAGACAAAACGAUCGCCAACAACAUCGAAACAUACGUGAAGGGUAUUUCUUCACGCACACGUGCACACAACCAAAAUACUAAGUACAACAUGAACGAUCUUGCCUUCUUUUCGCUCCAUAGCUCAAAGAAUAACCUGGAGGAUAAGCUUCUGCGCGACACGCUCGACUUCUCGAGCUUUCGCAGCAGGGAGGGCGUCCUGUACAGUUGGCGGUGGCACUUUCUGCUCGGCACCCUUCCACUCCUCUCGGACGGCGAUGCGCAACUGACGGCGUGCCAGUCUUCCUGCGAGGCGUGGGUACACCAGUGGGAGGAGGCGGGCUGCUCCCUCGAUCAGACGCUCCGCAGCGCACCCCAACGGAAGGCGCGGGCUGUGCGGUUUGAUGAGUCGAGUAGCAGCAGCACGAGCAGCGAAGUCGAGGACAGGACGAGGCCGCCCGCCUCCUGUUUAACGGACGCUGCGCCACCGACUUGCUUCGCGACGGAGAACCCUCUCGUCCCCGCGGUGGAAAGCUCCUACGCGCUACAGUUUCAAGUCGACGCGGUGCGGCAGACGAUCGCCAAAGAUAUGAGCCGACUCUUCUGGGACGUUCCAAUUUUUCAAGAGCCGCAAACAAAAGAUGCCGUUUCCGACAUUCUUGUGAAGUACUGCACGGCGGAGAAGAGGGAGUACAGGCAGGGAUUCCACGAGCUGGCGGCGUUUCUCUAUUACGCCUGCCACCGGGACAAGAUGCAGGCCGAGCAGCUCGUGCGCGACAACCCCGUGCUGCGCUCCAACUCCUUCUUCACAGUUUUCGAGAAGGCCUACGCCGACCUGCCCGCUGCGGUGUACGCGCUAUUGCGGCGGUUGAUAUUGGAGGAGGACAACGGACUGGGGUUGGCCCGGUGGUACUACGCGGCGACCUCGGAGCAGAGCGGGGUCGUGGUGGCGUGUGAGCGGGUGCAGCAGGACUUGCUGGCGCAGGUGGCUCCAGAGCUGCAGCAUCGGCUGGAUGCGGAGUACGACAUCCAAAGCGUUGUUUAUCUUGUCCGCUGGCUGCGCCUUCUCUUUGUGCGCGAGUUGUCAUUUGAUCAGCUGCUGCGAGUGUGGGCGGUCAUCUUCUGUGAGCGCUACGUGCAGACGACGGCAGGCCGCCGCGCCUACGUGCUGGACGACAGUGUCGCGCUCUACUUCGCCACGCAGUUGCUUUUGCACAUCCGCGUUCCUCUCUCCACCGACGCCGGCACGGCACUGCAGCUCCUCAUGAAGUACCCGCCCGUAGAACAUGUGGAGGAACUGCUCUACCGCGCCAUCAUGACGAACGCGGAUUCCUGCUUAAUCCGCCUGGCGACGGCACCGCACGUGAUCAGCGUUGCGGACGCCGUGACCCUGCCCGCGGAGGUGACGUCACGGCAAGGUGAAAUUCUCGCCGGGGUCAUACAAAACCUGGAGCAGUACUGGUUCCGCGCUGAGGACAUGAAGCCCGAGGAGCUGCAGUGUUUGACAGAUUCCUACAUCCAAGCGAUCGCGCAGCUCAAGAAGGUCCGCGAUGUUUUGCUUCACGGCAUGAGUGAGUAA